AGGUCAGCCAAUGGAAUGUGUGACAGAAACGGCAGUCGUUCAUGUCAGCAGCUAAGCUAGUCAUGAGCUAAAAGUCCGGUUAGAUACCUCUUUUACAUUAAAAUACCUCAAGUCUACGCUCAACAACUGAGAGGAGAUCUCUGUAAAAGGUCAGCAUCAUGGGUGAACCACAGCAGGUGAGCGCUCUGCCUCCUCCCCCUAUGCAGUACAUCAAAGAGUACACAGAUGAAAACAUCCGCAAGGGCCUGGUCCCUAAACCCCCUCCACCCAUCAGAGACAGCUACAUGAUGUUCGGCAACCAAUUCCAGUGUGAUGACCUCAUCAUCCGGCCUCUGGAGAGCCAAGGUAUCGAGAGGCUCCAUCCUAUGCAGUUUGACCACAAGCGUGAGCUCAAGAAGCUCAACAUGUCCAUCCUCGUGAACUUUCUGGAUCUUCUGGACAUCCUCAUCAAGAGCCCCGGCAGUAUAAAGCGUGAAGAGAAGCUGGAGGACUUAAAGCUUCUGUUCGUCCAUAUGCACCACCUAAUAAAUGAGUACAGGCCACAUCAAGCCAGGGAGACACUAAGGGUGAUGAUGGAGGUGCAGAAGAGACAACGGCUGGAGACGGCAGAGAGAUUCCAGAAACAUCUGGAGAGGGUGGUGGAGAUGAUCCAGGGUUGCCUUGCUUCCUUACCUGACGACUUACCUCAGGUAGAGGGUCAGGAUGUUCCCGGUGAUGGGACAAGGACUGCAGCAGCCAGUGUGGGUUGUUCCUCUGGACAAGCCCCCAGGCUGAAAACUGAACCAAUGGAUGUAGAGGAAGCAGGGGGCAGUUGUAUGGCAGCAGUUCCCCAGGAGAAGAGCAUCCCUACCUCAAAGAGGGACAAAAUGUUGGACAAGGAUGCUGCCAUGUGUAGUAUUAUCGAUGAUAUUGCUUAAUUAUCUGUUGAGUGGUUUUGUUUCUUGUUGUACAAUUGAACUGCUAUCAGUGUUUGUCUUUUAUUUGCUGUACUUAUUGUACGUGUGGAGAGCUUUGCUAUGUUUUCAUAAGGUUCGACAUCCUGUUCCUUUUAUUUAACCUACCGUGCAGAUAUUAUAAAGACUUUCCUGAGCAGACAUUUGGAGAAUUUUGAGUGAUUGAACAGAUUACCUUGGAUUACAAUUUUCAGUUUUUUGUUAUAAAACCAAUAAAGACAAUGAAAUUGAUUUUCAACUAAA